GAACCACUUCCACAAUCUGUAGACUGAACUGAGCAACAGGUAUUUUAAACUUUAUCAAAAGUCCAGGAAGUGCUAAGAGUUUCUCUAAACUGUCAGAACUCAUAAGAAGAAACAUGAUUUUGGGAGUCUUAUUUCUGGCAGUUAUCCACUCAGCAGCUGGGUUCAACAUUUUAACAAAUCCUGUAAGGACUUUUCAGGAAAAAGAUGAUUUAUUUGGACAAACCACUGUUCAGUCCAAAAAAGGAGCCUUGGUCACAUCCCCAAAUUCAAGACCCCCAGCAGUGUUGAAUUGUACAAUUGAGGGCAUGUGUUCCAAAGUUGAGAUCUCAGCUCCUGCAAAGAAAGGGCUCAGGCCUAUUGUGUCAGCUGACAACCGUUUGACAGAGGACAUUGAGCAACAUAUGUUCUGUCAGCAGGCGAGGAAUAAAGUGACCAUGAAUGAGGACUUCAAUGGAAACUGUGCCAUCCUUAUUGCUUCAAGGAUGGAAGGAGAAUACAUCAACCCUGCUGCACUGGUCGUUGAACAACUAGGAAGAAACAUCACCACCACCAACAACAACAACAACAAAAACAAAAACAAUAACAACAACAACAGUGAAGAUGAUGAGGAUGAGGAUGAUCCUGGGACUGAGAUUGCAUUUGUACUUGAUGGUUCUGCAAGUCUCAGCCAAUCUGACUUUGAGAAAGCAAAGGAGUUUAUAUCCACUGUUAUGAAAAAUGUUUGGGAAAAGUGCCUCAAUUGUGACUUUGCUGUACUUCAGUAUGGGACAAAUAUCAUAGCUGAACUCUUGCUAAAAGACAGUAUCAGCAAUAGCAGCAAAGCUCUUCAGACAGUCUCAGACAUCAAACAUCUCGAGGAAGAAACAAUGACUGCUUCAGCCAUAAUCCAUUUGUGUGAACAUGUUUUUGUUGCCGAGAAUGGGUCAAGAGAAGACUCAAAGAAAAUAAUGAUUUUGUUGUCAGAUGGGGAAAUCAGCUAUCGGGAUACAUUUAAUCUACCAAAAGCUCUGGAUUUACUCAAAAAACAAAACAUUUCAAGAUAUGCUAUUGGGGUUGGAAAUGCAACUAAAACAAUUGCUGACAUGAAGACAAUUGCUCCAGAUAACCAUUUUAUGGUUGGGGACUACAAAGUUUUGGACAAACUUCUCUCUCUGUUACAGACCAGUAUCAUUAAAGGAAUUGAAGGAUUAAAGCAAGGGGCCGGAUUUACGUUUCAACUUGCUGAGGCUGGAUUCAGCAAUCACAUGGCACCUGAUGGGUUCCUUCUGUUUGGAGCUGUGGGGGCUUAUGACUGGAGCGGGGGAGUUAUACUGAAGCACCGUGAGCAGAACACUGUGACCUUCUUAAAUGGGUCCUCUAGAGAAUCAUGGUUUUCCUAUUUAGGUUACAGUGUGAUAUCAGCGGUGGAUUCCUUUGAGACUUCAUACAUCUCGGGGGCUCCUCGUUAUAACCUGACAGGUGGGGUAUUUGUCUUCAGUGCUAAAUCACAUGAGCUGAUGUCAAUACUUCAAGGGGAUCAGGUUGGCUCCUACUUUGGAUCAGUCCUAUGCGCCCUGGAUACAGACAAGGACAGUAAGACAGACUACCUGCUCAUUGGUGCUCCACACUUCCACAGAAGGGGCGAGGAGGGUAAAGUGUAUGUGUACAGGCUUCACCAGGGAGUAUUUUUGAAGGAAGAUUGGGAGUGGCAGGGUUUGGACAAUUACGAGUUUGCCAGGUUUGGGUCAGCCAUUGCCACAGUGGGCGACCUAGAUGGGAACAGAUACAAUGAUGUGGCUAUUGGGGCUCCUCUAGAGGAAGAUUCUGAGUCAGGGCGUUCUGGAAGUAUCUACAUCUACAACGGAAUCCCUGGAGGGAUAAUGCAUGAAUUCACACAGAGAAUCUCAGCUGGAGAUUUUGACAUGAAACUUCGCCAUUUUGGUCAGUCUGUCAGCGCCUUCUCUGAUCAAAAAGACAACCAGAGACAAAAGUACAUUAGUGUUGGAAGCCAAGGCAAGGUCACUGUACUGGAAACUCUGCCUGUCAUUGCCUUUGAACCUAAGUUAAUCUUGAAACCUAACACAAUACUUAUCCAUGCGCAAACAAACACUGUCCCCACCAUUUUGAUCAACUUACACAUCUGCUUCAACUCCAAGAAGGAAACAAUUAAGUCUGGUGAAAAUCUUACAAUUUCCUACAUCAUUCAUCUGGAUGCAGGACAAAACCAAAAGCGCCUAUUUUUUAAAGAGCCAGAAACAGCCAGAGAGUCCAAUUUCACAUUGCUACCUGAUACUGAAUGCCUCGGAAGUCCAAUCGAACUGCACUUUCAAGGCUGUUAUGACUGUUUCUCACCCAUAGAGGUCAGGUUAAAAUUUAAUUUACCCUCCAAGACAACUUCAAAACCUGUUCGAAUUUUGGAUGCACUUGAUUCUACAGAUGUGGCUGAAAAGAUUGAAUUUCUGAAGGACUGCAACAGCACAUGUGUCAGAAACAUGAGCCUGUCUGAUUCAAAACUCAGCCAUGACAAGGUUGUUAUUGGUUCCAACCAGAAUGUGUUGAUUUCGUUCAACUUAACCAACCAUGAGGAUGGGACUUUCAUGACAACACUUUUUCUGACAUACCCCAACAUUCUCCUCUACAACAUGUUUAUAGUGAAUUCACAAAAACCGGGGGGUUCUGUUGUUUGUGAGGUCCAAGACACAUCCCAGUUGAAGUGUCGUCUCUUACAUCCAGUCUUCAGGAGAAAUGAUCAGGUCAAAUUCGACAUCAUUUGGCAACUGGCUGACAAGAAAUCACAAACACGAGAGGCUUACAUCAUUGCUAACUUAACCUGUGAGAAUGGAGGCACCCAAGUGUUGGAUGACAAGAAGUAUCACUUUGGGAUAAAGAAUGCUUUAAGGGUCCAACUGACUGGAGAAGUUUCACCAAACUCGCUGACAAUCACUGACACUGAAGAGACAAAACAGCUGACUUUCACAUUUCAGCUCCACGGCAAGAACGAUCACAACGCCGCUCUGAACGUUUCCAUCGUCAUAACAGUGAAGGCUGAUCACACUGACUUCAAGAUCAGCCAUAUCAAACCCAAGGACAAAUGUAACAGGAGCACCCCUGCAAAUACAGGAGUUAAAAAAUUUGAAAAGUAUCUCAUCCACUGUGUCAUGACAGACCUGAAGGACAUUGUGAUUACAGCUGAGGCUACGAUCAAAGAUGUGCAGAGUGCAUCUGAGAAGAUUACAGCUGAAGCCACUGUGACAUUUGAUGAGGAUCUAUAUGAAGCACUGGAAGUUAAAUACAAAGAAAUGGUUCAAGUGACAAUUAGGAAGCUGGUAAUAGAGAAGUCCAUGGCUGCCAUCAUUGGGGGCUCUAUAGGAGGCUUUCUGUUCCUGGCUCUCAUCAUGUUCCUACUGAUCAAGUGUGGCUUUUUCAAGCGGCGCCAUGAGAAUGUAGUGCAAUCCAAUACCGGCUAGAUGAGACAUCCACUUCGAACUUCUUAUCCAGCAGUGCUGAUGUUCCUUCAUUUUAAUUCAUAGUAUUUACAUGGUUGCCUCGGAAGAUACAUAUGUGUUGUUAUACAGUUUGACAGUUUUUGAUAUCUUUAAGCAAUAAAUGGCAUGCUAUUUUCAUAUCUAAGGAUUCAGUUUAGGUUUAAAAAAUGUAGGCCUACAGUAAUGUUAGCAAUGUUUUGUACCUGAUCAUUUUCUUAUUACUUAUUAUGUUUCAUAUUAUAAAAAUGUUUUGCAUUUGUCAAUUAACUGUUUAAAAUUAUAAAACAAAAAGGCUAUA